UUCCUGCGCUUCGCGUGCAAGAGAGCGCUCUUCAACCUGAUGAGCAUGCCUGCAAAAAAAGAUAGCGACAUUUCGGAGAUCACGGGCAGCGGCAUGUUCUCGGAGGCCCUGGGCGACUUCCAGAAGCUCGGAAGGGCCCACAACAUCAACGUGGUCGGGCUCGAGGCGGUCCUGAUGCCGGUUGCAAGCAGGCUCAAUCUUGUGAGCGAGGCUCCCAGCGAGCAGAAGCCUGCACGCAUUAUCCAGUUUUCAAAGACGUCAAUAAAACGGAAACGUCAGUUGGCAAAAAUGAAGAAGCUGACCAAACGGAACGGGACAGAUGCGCACAACACUUCGGAGAUAUCUUCCGCCAGGGAUUUGGAGCGGGCGAUGCAGAGGAAUGAAAUCUACCGCCAUGCGGCGCAUGCCAGACACGUGUAUCUGAAGUGUCCAGCUCUCAAUGCCACCAAUGCCACUCAGCACAGCAUCGUUCAUAUGCUGGUCUUCCCGUGGGACAAGACUAAUCAGACUAUCAAGGCCGACGAGUCGGAUUUCGACCACGCGCUAUACGACGAGAUGUCGUCGAAGUUGCGGGGAAUGUACUGCGUCAAGCUGUGGAGGCCUUCGGACCUGCGCUCGUACGUGAGGGCGGAGUACCCGGGCCUGUGGGAGCUGGUGGGGGAGAGGGCGCGGCGCCCCGCGGCUCUCCUGUACUUCUACCGCCUGCUCGUCGUCCACGACUUCGGCGGCGUGUUCUGGCAGAACGGGGCCGAGCCGACCCGCCUGAUGUGGAAGCUGCCCGACCCCCUCGAGCCCUUCAUGCCCCCCGAGGGCAAGAGCGCGAGGCUCCUGAUCAAGAGGAGGAUCACCCAGGAGAGAGGGCGGAGGAGAUGA